AUGGAUCUGUGUGUGACCAUCAAAGGGGUUUCCUUCCUCUUGCAAACAGGGAUGGGCAUCCUGGGGAACGCCGUGGUGCUGCUGGCUUACGGCCACAUCAUCUACGCCGAACCCAAGCUCCUUCCCGUGGACAUGAUCCUGUGCCACCUGGCCUUUGCCAACCUGAUGCUGCUGCUGACCCGCUGCGUCCCUCAGACCAUGACCGUGUUCGGGCUGAGGCAUUUGCUGAACGACGGCGGCUGCAAGGUGGUGAUCUACGCCUACCGCAUCGGACGGGCUCUGUCGGUGUGCAUCACCUGCAUGCUCAGUGUGUUCCAGGCAGUGACCCUCGCCCCCGCUGGGCCCCGUUUGUCCAGGUUGAAGCCUGCCCUUCCCUCCCUGGUCCUCCCAACCUUUGCAGGGCUGUGGCUCCUCAACAUGGCUGUAUGCAUCGCAGCGCCAUUCUUCUCCAUGGCGCCACGUAACGGCACUGUGCCCGCAUUUACCCUCAACCUGGGCUUCUGUCACGUGGACUUCAGAGACCACCUGUCCUACGUGAUCAACGGGGUGGCUGUCUCUGUGAGGGAUUUUGCGUUUGUCGCCCUGAUGUUGGGCUCCAGCGGCUACAUCCUGGUACUUCUCCAUCACCACAGCCGCAAGGUGAGAGGGAUCCGUCGUACUCACGGCGGUGGAGCGGAGACCCGAGCGGCCAAAACGGUGAUCACCCUGGUGGUUCUGUACGUGGUCUUCUUCGGGAUUGAUAACGUGAUCUGGAUCUACAUGCUGACGGUGGCCAAGGUGUCACCGGUGGUGGCUGACAUGAGGGUGUUCUUCUCCUCCUCCUACGCCUUUCUCAGCCCCUACUUCAUCAUGUCUUCCAACAAGAAGGUCAAGGCCAAGAUCAUGUGUGCAUCUGAGCAGGAGCAGCCAUCAGUGGACACUCAGGAGUCGAAUGACAAAUGA